GCACUUUUCGCAUGCGAACACGCGAGCGAACGCACCACGUGCUCCUCCACAUGUGUACGGCAUGGCGAACUGGACGCAGGAAGACGGAGCUCCGAAACCCGUCACAAACCCCGCGGAUGUGUCGACGAUAGCGCAGAUAUCCAGUGUAAAUAUCGCUGGCGGAGUCUCCGCGCCAGUUCCGUGUCUCAUCCCGUCGUUCGCGGACGCGGUGAAGCUGCUGAGCGCGCGGUACUCGUGUCUCGUGCUGGACUCGCACCGCAGACACAUCGCGCUGCCGCCGCAGUACCUGCGGAAGAAACGCACCGGUAUACAGGAGGAACUCAACGCCGAGCUGCUCAGAUUCUCCAGCAGUCUGAAAGGUGUUCCUAUGGCAUAUGACAACAUUAAAGUCGUAGGACAGCAUGGAGAUAUUCAUGACGAUCAAGGGUUCAUUCACUUCAACAUCGAGGCGUCGUUCGUAGUCUUCAAACCAAAGAAAGGAUCGAAGCUCGUGGGUGUGAUUAAUAAAAUGGGAGUGGGUCACGUGGGCUGUCUGGUUCAUGGCUGCUUUAAUGCGUCGGUGGUGAAGCCCAGUCUGCUGAGCUCAGAGCAGUGGAGGGACUCUGGACUGAGUGUCGGACAAAACCUGGAGUUUGAGGUCUUCCAGCUGGACGCCGAUACUGCAGGAGUUCUGCUGAUCCGAGGACGGCUGGAGAAGUCCAGAGUGCAAGAGCUUGUGGCCCAAACCGAACAAAUGGAAUCAACGGUAGAAUCAACUACAGAACCAGAACCCACAGAAGACACAAUCGACAGCGCGAAACCCAAGAAGAAAAAGAAGAAAGACAAGCGUGAGAAAGAGUCUCAGAACGACAGAGGCCUGGAGCAAACGUCAGAAAACCACCAAACCGCCGCAGACACGGCAGAGAUAGACUCCAAUGCAAACGGACAUCACAAAGAGAAGAAGAGAAAGAAGAAAGACAGACGACAGGAGUCGGAUGAGAUCUUGCCCUCCGAGCUCUCGACGAGCGACUUCAGCAGAUACGUGAGCGAUAAAACCAGCAGAAAGAGAGCGGCCGAGAGCAAUGACGGCCUGCAGGACGUGCCUGCCGCCAAAAAGAAGAAAAAGAGCAAGUGAUUUCGCUCACAGACUGUUUCAUGAACUAUAAAUGAUGAGCCCAAUGUGACUUAGUUACUUUGUGUGUGAUUUAUAUUUAAAGAAUAUAAUAAUAAAUUUAUUUUUUUUCCUCUGGA